CCUGGGAAUUGAUGUCUUGAAUUGAAUCUUAAAGGUGCCAAGAUUGAGAGACUCCGGACUAGAGGAUAUGUCAGAUUUCUUGCAUUAUUAUUCUUAGAGGCAGACUUGUUGAUUCAGAAUGCAGAUAGAUAGCAAGAAACUUGCCAGUUGCAAUGCUUAGGAAUGGAACCAAAAGAAAACUUGAGCCUCAAAAAGAACCCUUUUAGAAAGAGUCAGAAUUUGUAGGUUCAUCUCCUUCCGAUACCAAAGGAUAUUUAAUCACAUACAAAUAUAUCCACCAGGAUAUUUGACCUCUGAUCUCUUAUGGAUGAGCUGCCUUAGUCUUGGUGGUGUAUGAAAUUCUUCCACGAUGACUAGAGCUACCUGCCAGGCUGGAACUGAUUUCACCUUUGACGUCCAUAUGGGUGUGCCACUGGAUACUAUUUUAAGCUUCACAUGCCAACAGUUCUGCUGCAGAAGUAAUUGUGGAUAGCAGAUCGUAACAACAGCUACACAGAGACAAUAGAAAUGGAUUCCAAAACUUCAGGACCGGCGCCUGGCUGCCCAGCACUUGAAGAUAUUCCUUCUGGACUGGCCAUUUUUAAAACGAUACCAUAUGCCUUAAUCUUGCCAGAGCUGAUCUUUGGCUGCUGGGUUUGGAUCCUUGUAGCAGCUACCACGGUGUAUUUCCCUUUGCUGCAAGGAUGGGUCAUGUACGUCUCGGUCAGCUCCUUUGUCAUCUCCUUUCUGCUCCUCCUGAGUUACUUGUUUGGUGUCCAUAAAAACUUUGAAUCCUGGAGAAUUCUGGACAGUCUUUACCAUGGAGCCACAGGCAUUUUUUACCUGAGCGCUGCUGUGUUGCAGGCAAAUGCAACAAUCCGUUCAGAGACGGAAGUGCCAGCAGACGUUAUCCCUCUCUAUUAUCAGCUCAAUGUUGCAGCCACGUUGUUUGCCUUCAUCACCACACUGCUGUAUAUUUUGCAUGCCUUCAGCAACUACUACCACUGAAAUGACAUGAGCUGGAGUCUGUAUACUCGAACAAACAGUUAACAUUUAAGAAGAUAAUUCAGUUGCAACUGAAUUCACCCAUCAGCUGGCACAAUCUCAUUUUAGGUGAAGCAAACACAUGUUUGUUAAAACCCGUAUUGUAGCAUAUUGCUGAGUUCUGUAUGUAAAAGUACUCAAUUUACUGUAAUCUGAUCCUUGAGUUCUCAUGCCUGUAAUUAUCCCAAAUAAUUAUUCCCCCCCCCAUAUCAAACCCUCCAUAAAUAUUGUACAUAAAAUAGGGGGGAUUUUUGAACUUUCUGUCUUCAGUGAACUAUCUUCACGUUUCCUCUUCUGUGAAGGAAUUCUUGUUGGUUUGCUAUAGUAUCUUGCACAUGGCAGAAGAUUCUGGGUUCAUAUUCUGAGGUGCCCGAUUCCCGAUUCACACAAACCCUAAAUGAAAUAGUGUAUAGCAGUGUUUCUCAACAUUGGCAGCUUGGAGAUAUGUGGGCUUCAACUGGCUGAGGAUUUCUGGAAGUUGAAGUCCACAUAAUCUUCAAGUUGCCAAGAAUGAGAAAUGCUGGUUUAUCGGAUAUAUUAUAAUGCUACACAACUCAGUGUAUGCCUUUAUGUCAUCCAAUCUCUUGUAGUUGAAAGCCACAGGAAAGGUUGUGUAGUGGUUGGCAAUUUGGGAAGUGUGUCUGUUUUCUAAUCAAUAAAGCUUCCAGAGAAUUUCGGAUUCCUCUACAACACUGCUUGAAAACUAUUUCCCAUUUGGAUGCAACAAAUUAUUUAUUAAGGCUACGGCAAAUAAUCUGUUGCCUCCAAAUGGCCUGGGGAAUAAUUAUCAAGAUGUCUGGGAAGAGAAAUUCACACGCAUUAUGGUAGCUGUAAUAUAAAUGAUUUUUAUCUCAUUAACUUUAUGUGUGAUUUCUAUCUAAAGUAAGCACGAAGCUAAAGUGGCAACAUAAUACAAAAUACCAUCUGUUUAUCUAUUGGGGUGCACAUUCACACACAAAAAGCAAGAUUACUCCUGUGAACUGAAGCAGAUUCAUCUUGUCCUGAUGUUAACUAAAUCUGAAAAUGCUGUGCAAACAGCAUUCCUUUCGGUAAUGUUCAUAUAUGUAAAAGUAUUCUGCUUUUUGUUAUUACAAUAUAUAGAACGUUUGUUUUGAUGUAAAAACAUGAAGUAAUUUAUUGGUAAACUUGUGUUUUUUAGUUCUGUUUUAUACUGAUGUUUCAGUUAACUUAUCUUUUGCCAAUGAAUAUAACUGACUUGCCUCCUUUGCCAAA